GCUAUAUUCAGAGAAGGAGGGAUCUUUGACCAUUCUGCUAUGAUUCUUAAGGAAAUCUCCAAGAGUAUGGCUGGACAUUCUUUUAAGUUUUGUGACAUGUGGACCCUUGAUACCCAGUUUCCCCAAAUUGUGAAGGAUAUUUGGAACACUAAUCAUGAAAGAGACAUGGUGGAAGGGAAGAAAGAAGUUGCUAAAAUUUUGGUAGACUACUUUCAGAAACAGUUGAGAGUUCCAAAUGACACCCAGGAUAUUAAGAAAGAUAUUGUGGACAUGGGAAAAUGCCUCUCAAUUGAACAACAACUACUGCUCAUCACCCCUGUAACUCCUGAAGAAAUAAAAAAGAAUUUGUUCGAAAUCCCUAACCAAAAGAGCACAAGACCUGAUGGGUACUCUAGUGGAUUCUUCAAACAUCAAUGGGGACUAAUUGGGGACUUGAUCACCAGAGCCAUACAGGAUUUCUUCCAAAAAGGAACUAGCAAGGGGUUACAAUAGGAAAAACAUAUCCCCUAGAAUGCUCAUGAAACUGGAUCUGCAGAAAGCAUAUGAUAAUGUCAGCUGGAAGUCCAUAGAACAAAUUCUGACUUUGAUG